UAGCUAGUUCAACCAAAAAGCUUCAUGGCAACUACUUCCACACAAUUCAUUCAAGAAUUCAUGAAGAAUUUCCAUUACUCAAGAAGACUACUUCAACAAUAUCACCCGGAGUCCACCAUGGUGCCACCUUCGGCUCCCGGAAUCAGCCACCUCAUCAACACAUUUGAUGCAAAUGUUAUUAUGGUCUUGUCUGUACUUAUUUGUUCGUUGAUUUGCUUACUUGUCUUGAAUUCCAUAAUAAAGUGUGCAUUUAGGUGCUCUACCCUAAUAUUGACAGACUCAAAGCUAGCGAAUACAGGGAUAAACAAGAAAGCCUUCAAGACAUUCCCAGUUGUAACAUACACUACUGAGUUGAAAAAUCCAGGGCUUGACUCUGAGUGUGUCAUUUGCUUAGCAGAGUUUCGAGAUGGAGAGAAAAUUAAGGUUCUGCCUAAGUGCAACCAUGGAUUCCACGUCAAGUGUAUCGAUAAAUGGCUCAAUUCUCACUCUUCUUGCCCUACCUGCAGGCAUUGCCUUAUUGAGACUUGCCAAAAAAUUGUUAAGAACGACAAUUCUGUUACUACAACUGCAAUUUCAUCGGCACCAGUUCAAGAAAUCAUUGAACCUCUUCAACGUGAAGGUGUGGUAUCUAGCGAUCAUAGUUAAUGAGAAAAAUUGCAGUAGAAUCUAGACCUUAGUUUGGUAUGUAGCAGCGCACAUGCUUAAUUAGAAGCAUAGCUUUUAGUUCAAUUGUUUCUUCUUCUUUGUUCUUGUUAAAAAAGUUUUAGCUAGGCUAGCAUGCCUGAGGCCAACGACAGUUUAGUCUUCUAACGAUUCAUUAAUAACAGUCUUGCAAGUGUAUAAAUUAAAUUUUGAUUCUCUUUCUUUAUCAAACUCAUGUUUUUCCUAU